AUUUUGAUGACGGACAGGAAGAGCUGAAGAAGACGACAAAACUCCACCCACAUCUCGUCAGGUGUCACGUCCAGUUUCUUUCCACAGUCGGACCAAUAUAGGUGAUUCCCUGAAACUCACCGAACUGGGGUUUCCUGUCUUUCGUGGAUCCAGCGUGUCCGAGCUGCUGUGAAAAAAAACAAAACAAAAAAAAGUUUCCGGAGUUCGUUGUCGGUCCGUGGAGGAGUUGGGAGGCUGUGAGCUCGGUUCGGAGCUCCGGGAUGGCGGCUGUGAAGGCUCUGCAGCAGUGGUGCCGGGUCCAGUGUGACGGAUACCGGGACGUGUCCGUGACCAACAUGACCACGUCCUUCAGGGACGGCCUGGCGUUCUGCGCGCUCAUCCACAGACACAGACCCGACCUCAUUGAUUUUGAUUCUCUGAGGAAGGAAAAUGUCUAUGACAACAACAAACUGGCCUUCAAGGUUGCAGAAGAUGAAUUGGGAAUUCCAGCGCUGUUAGAUGCAGAAGACAUGGUGGCUCUAAAAGUCCCUGACCGACUCAGUAUUCUGACGUAUGUCUCGCAGUACUACAACUACUUCCACGGGCGCUCUCCCAUUGGAGGUAUGGGAGGUAUAAAGCGUCCAGCAGAGUCGAUCACCAAUGAGCCACCUGGAAAGAAGAACCAGCCAGUUGUAUCUAAGAUGUUUACAACUUCUAAACCCACUAGAGAAAACAGUCCUCCUCCUCCUUCCAAUGUCACAAGACCCUCUUCUUCCCCAAAACCAAACAGAAAUCCAACACAGGAUGUUGGGAAAUCCAUUCAGACCGGCACCUUGAGCAACAAAUGUACGACAUGUAACCAACAUGUUCACCUGGUGCAGCGACACCUAGUGGAUGGGAAGCUGUACCACAGGAACUGUGCAAAGUCACUAUCACUUAAUACAAGCUCAGCACUUCGGGAUUUAUCUACAAACUCCUAUGUUUCCAAAUUCAAUCCUCAACCAGAACCCAGUAAGGCUAACACGGUGACACCGGCUAACGCAGUGACUGCGGCUCACGCUCCAUCUAAACAGGGAUCUGCGUGGUUAUCAAAGAAGGCUGACACCCCUUCAAACGGCUCCACUGCAUUUUCUACUCCGCAGCAUUUGUCACGCCCUCCUUAUGCUGCCAAGGAAAGUUCUUCACCUUUUGUGUCUAAACCAACAGCAUCACGUGACACUACAUUUACUGAAACAGGCUCCAAAGCAUUUGCAACUUCACCUUCCUCACAGCCUGCAUCUGGCCUUUCUUCUACCACUAAGGAGCAUCCAACACCCUUUGUGUCUAAACCAUCAGCUUUACAUGAUUCUAAAUUUACCACUAAAAGCUCCAAUGCAUUCUCAUCAUCACCUUCCUCACAGCCUGCAUCAGGCCCUGCUGCUGCUGCUAAGGAGCUUCCAACACCUUUUCAUCCAACACCUUUUGUGUCUAAACCAACAGCAUUGCGUGACACUACAUUUACUACAAAAGGCUCCAACAUAUUUUCAGCUGCACCUUCUUCCCAGCCUAAACCAAGCCCUACUUCUGCUGCUAAAGAAAGUCCAACAGCGUUUGUGUCUAAACUCGCAAUUUCACAAGACACUACCACAAAAGGCUCCAACGCAUUCUCUACUUCAUCUUUUUUGCAGCCUGCAUCGCGCCCCAACUCUGCUGCUAAAGAAAGUCCACCAGCUUUUCAGUCCAAACCCACAGCUUCACACGACACUACUUUCAGCACAACUAUCACCAUCAGCCCUGCUCCCACAGCUGCUCCUCAUACAUCGCCUCCUACCUCUGUCACUGCAGCUAAGACACGGGAGACCAAGCUAAAAUUUCUUGAACCGAACACGUCAAAGGAUGACGAGAAAAUGAAAACAACCUUCAGCACUGGUAUAAACAAAGGUCAGGCUGUGACUGGUAAGAGACUAGAAGGGAUCCCAGGUCAGCCUGUAACUGUGGUUAUCAAUGUUAAGGAUACAGACAAGGGUGGAGCCGCAGCUAAAACAAUUCCUGUGGGUGGCAGGGCGACCACAAAACAGGAAAAUGUUGACAGCAAUAAGACAAAAGCCUCAGCAGCAACUUUCAUCUCCAAAAAACUGUCAGAGGAGAACAACAAUAACAGCAGUAAGCCAGCAUGGACAAAUGUAGCUCUCAAGAAAACUGAACCUCAGGCUCAAGUAGAGACAACUAAGAAGGAGACGGGGGGUGUGAGGGGCAGGGUGAGGCUGAGAGCAGACCCAUCGAUCCUUGCUGACCUGCAGCCUCAGGAGCCUCAGAAGCCUUCUUUCAGCCCGCUUGGCCAGAAAGGACUCGCAGACAGGACUCCAGACAGAGGAGGCUUACACCUCGACAAAACCUCCCCCAACACAUCAGUCUCAGAAAAUGAGUCUCCUGCAGACUGGAGGUCGAAGCUCAAACCUGUCUCCAAAGAAACCAAACCUGCGGGUUCUUCACAGUCCUCUCCUAAACCGUCGGCUAAUGGAGCCACGAAGACCUCAGUGCCUUCGUUCAUGUCUUCCACUUCCAACACCAGGAUUCCUGCGACUCCCGCAGCGUCACGGGGACUUCAAAAUGUCCAGAAAGAUCCAGUCACCAAUGGCACCAAGGCAAAGACCUCUAAGACGAAACCAGGCUACAUCCCCAGGGAGGAAAUCAUGAAAGAGCUUCAGGAAAUUGAAAACAAUUUGAACGAGCUGGAGAAGACGGGAAUCGAGCUGGAGAUGAAGCUGCGCAGGAGCGAGGAAGAGGGCAAAGAUGACUCGGUCAUGGAUGAGCUUAUGGUCGAAUGGUUCAGCUUGAUCAGAAACAAGCAGGCGGCCAUGCGUCGUGAGUCUGAGCUGGUAUACAUUGGAAGAACUCAGGACCUGGAGGAAGAGCAGCCCAGUGUGGUGCAGGACCUCAGGAGACUAAUGGAGAAACCAGAGCACCUGAAGACUGCCUGGGACAGGCAGAAAGAAAAGCAGCUGAUGGAGAAGCUGUUGGAGAUCGUUAACGACAGAAACGCCAUCGUAGAGGGUCUGGACGAGGACAGACUCAGGGAGGAAGAGGAGGACGAGCAGCUGAACAAAAUGAUGGAGAGUUUCAACAUCAAGAAAGACAAAAGCAAGAAAAAGUCCUCCGUGCUGAAACUGUUCGGCUGGGGAAACAAGAAGGAGGAGUGAAACAAACUGUCUUACUGCGACGCUUCUGCUGCUUACUGUCAGCGUGCCCUGAUUCAUCGAAUGACACGGACGCUGCGUGUGACUGUGUGCGCGUGUUUGUGAGAGAGAUCUGUCAUCGUCAUCACUUCCUAAAGAAUGCCCUUCCCUCUGUCGACUGCAUCACUCAAGAUCUGCCAUUCCU